ACCUAAGAGCACGAGCCUAUUUGCAUAUAUCAAUUGAGGCGCUGGAUCAACGGUUGCAGAAGGUUGAUCAUCUUCAGGCAUCGCCUUCUUCAUGACAGUCACAAGAGGAUGGUGACGGGCGCCGGCCAUGGCACUAUCCCAUGCUGUUUUGGCCGGCACGAGAGACUUUAAGCUUUGGAGGCUGGGCUAUUUUUACCCCUCUCAUCAUCCCGGCCUCGUCCCCUCCAUUCCCGGGGCUUCCUCUUUUACAUUCGGCGUGGCAAACAUGAAAGCUAAACACGACUCAGAAGAUCCGACAAUGGUAGUGCUUCCCGCACCGGCCAGUAAGAGCAAACUCGAAAGGAAGGCCAUACGAAAGUUGGACUUCUUGAAAUGUGCGGAUUGUUGUCAACUUAUCGUAACGGAGCGUCCCCCUCAAAUGAUUGUACCAGGACUGCAGAAGGACCUUGACAUCUUGUUGACCUCCCUUCAAAUCUAUUGGUCGGUCUUCAUCUUUUCCGGACGUAUCUUCAAUCUGAGAAAUACGUUUGUUUGGGCUAGCUACAAAGGACUUCUUGUGUCGAGAUUCUUUCUAGGCUUGGUUGAAGGUGGACUGUACCCCGGUACUGUGCUUUAUUUGUCGACGUUCUAUACAAGGGCCGAGCUUCAACUUCGUAUCGCGUUAUUUUUUGGUACUAUCUGUAUGGCUGGAGUGGCGUCAGGAUUGCUGACAUAUGCGAUCAUCAACCUGGAUGGUCAUUGGGGACACCCCGGUUGGAGUUGGGUUUUUCUGAUCGAAGGCUUUGUCACAUCGAUUUGCGGUGUAGUUGGCUUCUUUAUCCUGCCAUCAAGCAUUCAUAAAGUGAAAAUCUUGUCUGACGAAGAGAAAAGCUUUCUUGUCUCAAGAUCAGAGAAAAUCUGCGCUCCCAGUCUCGUUUCUUCGCCCUCCACUAUCAAAUACCCCCACAAAUCAACUCUUAGCCAAGUCUGGGAAGCUUUCAAAAGCCCUCAUGUCAUCAUUCUGAAUAUAUCACAAUUUGCGUGCGCAUCAAACAUCUUCAGCUUGGCUUAUUUCACACCGACUGUUGUCCAUACUUUUGGCUACUCUCCCACAGAUACCCAGCUGUUCACAGGUAAUUUCACCCUUUCUGAGAUUCACCAUCUCGGGUUGAAUGUUGACCGGAUGCUUAUGAGGGUAAUCCAAAUUACAGUCCCACCCUUUGCUCUAGGUUUCAUUUUCCUCUUGGGAUUAUCAUAUUGUUCAGACCGGCAUCAAGCUAGAGGCCUCAUGGCCGGCAUGAGUGCAAUACUCUCAAUUAUCGGGUUCGCAAUCUUCUAUGCCUCAGGCGACGAAAAAGUGCGGUAUGGCUCCUUGUUCUUGUCGAUCCCGGGUGCAUAUGGUGUCACGCCAUGUAUGACGGCUUGGACGGCAGACAAUAGUGCCCCUCAUGUCCGCAAGGCAACCGCGCUCGCCUUUGGUACCAUGGUAGGGAACGCCGGUGGUUUAUUCAGCGUUUGGAUUUUUACUUUGGGGCACAAGCCAAGAUACCAUCUACCGACUGCAAUCAACUUAGCUUUUGGCGUAGUCAUCGUAGUGUGCUGCGUGAUGAACACAUUGUGGCUAGGCUAUGCACAGAGAAUGAAAGUGACAAAAAGAAGCGAAAUCUUGGCAAAAUACACUCCUUCUCAUGCCGAUGGGGAUGACGGGACGGAGAAGGAAGGGUCGAAAGUCCCCUCCAGCGAGCAGGAGAUGUUAUCUGCACAAGCUUGGGACCAUCUGGGCGAUCAGCAUCCGGAUUUCGAAUAUGUAUACUAAUGUGGACAAUAUGUGCUGUCUUUCUUUUCGGUGUUCCUUUCUCUCUUUGGUAUCCUCCACACUCUAACUAGCACGAUAAACUGUACACAACACAUCUCCAGGCACACAUUGAUGUAUUUGAUGAUUCACAACAUUUCACAGUCAAUUCUUGUAUACAAUGUUACUUCCUGAUUAACUGUGUGCCUCUGAACAUACUCCCAGAAAAAUAAGGUGUAACAGAACAGAAAAAAUCAGUUGUAGUUUUCUAUUUCAUUGGGUUGUACUUAGCUUCAUUCUUUCAUCAUUGCCUGCCAUUAUUUUCAUUCCUUACCAUCUGUCAAAUGUCAAUUUCCAAUCACAAUAUCUGUGGAUGCAAGG